AUGGUUUACGAAUGGGAAGGGAAGCGAGAGCUAUGCUAUCAGAUGUACAUUGUCGAUAAGAAAGGCCUGGACGAGAUUAUGGAGUACAUGAAGAACACAUAUCAGUUCGCUCCGAGUAAACGCGCCUUCCAGACACAAUUUAAACGAUGGGGUUUUCCUUCGAAACAAAACCCCGCCCACAAAAACACACAACUCGUCGCUCGGGUCAAAGAACUAUGGGAGCGGAAUGUUUGCCAACGGGAUAUGCUAAAGAUCUUGAACGAUGAGGGUUACGAUAUCAAAGAACGAGAGCUCAUGCGUGUUCGCGCCAAAAAUCGAUGGCUUCUCCGAGUACCUAAUGGCAUGAAGUCGCAGACAACAACCCAGUCACCAAUUGAAACGUCCGUGGAAGAAGGCGUGCUUUCAUUACAACAUGAGAUGUAUAACGGUCAUGAUGGUUUCCCUGGCGAUGAUGAACCGCUAGCUGAGCAAUCAUCCGUUUUAUCAUCCUUCUCGACAAGCUUGUCACCAGAAGUCCUAGCAAAAAGAAAAGAACGCCUCGAGCGAUUACAAGCAGAGAGCGCUGAACGCUGGGCAACGAAAAAGCGACGUCGUCGAACUCGCGGCUGGGCAGGCUUGCCAGCUGAUCCGCCGGGCCCACCACGUUUCCCAUCAGAAACCACUCUCGACGAGAGUAAACAGUAUCUCAACCUGGAUGCUGCAAUGUAUCGUCAAAUACGCGACGAAUUUCAGAGAAUAUGCCAGGAGGCUGGCUUCCUCAAGAAAACAAUUGCCGGUCCUGAACGAUGGCAGGAAGCCAAAAAUAGGUUAAUACGUGAAUCGCCGCACUUGAGAAGUGUGUUUUAUGUAGAUCCAAGCAUGCCGGACGAUACCCAGCUAGAGGCAAAAAAUCUCGCAUUAGACGUUGUCUGUACCGAUGUUACCAAACGCAUGCGGACUCUGGAAAGUCGAAUGACCAUCGCAGAAGCCAAAAACGCACUAGGAAUCAACCCGGAAGAGAGUCGGCAAAUUCGACAUGCAUUUUAUAGUACUUUGAAAGCCGACCAUUUUACUAGCAAGUUGGAAGCAGGAGAUGAACAUUGGAAUGAACUCAAGCAGCAAUGGAUUCAAGGGUCAGAAUUACUGCAACGAAUCUUAGCGCCGGGUCUCUCCGAUCCUAAUCACACCACCAAGGUCAAGGCUAUUGAAGUGCUAUGCCGCGAUGUCAUGAAACGCCUUCGAGAUGAUCAAGCCAAACGAGAUCCAUUAAAGAAACGAGCUUCUAGCUCCAAGCAACCCAAAGCACGAAAUCACAACAAUACAGAAAACGCUACCUCCAAUGCAUAUACCCAUGGAAUCAGCAAUCUAGCCUCCGAAGCGCUUGCGAGUGCAUCCAUGGCAUCAAAUGACCUCGGUGAAAUGCAAAUAGACCCAUCCUUACUUCAAGCGGCAAACGAUACAUCACUUGCUCAAGCACUCCAACAAAAUAGCGACCCAGCCUUCAACUAUGUUGACACCUUACUCCAGAGCCCAUCAAUACCCGUUUAUUUCCGCAUCAGUCCACAAAGCCAAAGCCACACGGCAUCAAGGACGUGGAUUGGGAAAAUAAGUUCAACGUCCCUUGUGGAGCUGCAGAAUCUAAUCCAAGCAAAAUACCCCGAUUCUGUGGUGACGAGGGUCGAGGGUGUCGAAAAGGAUGAAAGAGGAGGCGAAGUGUUGCUUUUGAUCGAGGAAGAUGACGAGUUGGAUGCAUAUCUGAGCCACAUGCAUGGCAAAAAGGCAUCAUUCUUGAUUUGUUUGAGUCCAAAAGUAUGA